AUGGAUUUGGACGAUUUCCGAUCCAUAUUAGACACGGCGGGCGUUGACGUGUGGUUGUUUAUCGACACGGCAAUCACCGUCGCUUCUCUGGAUAACGCCGGCGAGUUAAAGCAACGGAGAGACGGAAUCGUUGAGCGUCUUUACGCUACCACCGCUGCUCCUCCGCUUUGUCAGAAUUGUGAUGGGGGAAACCUUUUGACUGACGGUAACCAAAUCAGGAAACAGAGUAACCCUAGUUUGAGCCCUGAACGAAAUCAGCGACGCGGCGGCUCGUCUCCUCCGACGCCGCAGUCACAAGGAAACGACGAGGAUGAAGAUGAGGAGAUAGAUCCUUACGGUGGCUUGUUCGAUGAUGAACAGAAGAAGAUUCUAGAAAUUAAAGAGUUGCUUGAAGAUUCCACACAGCCUGAAGAUUCUUUGUUGGAGUUACUGCAAAAUCUGGUGGAUAUUGAUAUUACAUUCCAAGAGUUGAAGGAGACUGACAUUGGGAGGAAUGUGAAUCAGUUAAGGAAACAUCCAUCUAGCGAGGUUCGCAGAUUGGUGAAGCUGCUUGUCAAGAAGUGGAAAGAAAUUGUUGAUGAAUGGGUGAAGUUGAAUCCACAAGGAGGAAAAAACACUGUCAUGGCUGAUGGUGACUCUCCUCUGCAGAAAACCACCCCAAAUGGGCAUCAUCAUCAGAUUCCUGAUUUUGCAUACUCACCAAAUCCACAGAAUGGAAGCUCUGGUUCUGACCGUAACACAUCCGAACUAGAACCAAAACCUAAACAAAAACCAAUUCUUCCUCGCAAAGAACCACCUCCAAAACUAAGGCCAUCACCCCCAGUUAGCGCUCCCACUACUCAAAAUAGACAGAGAGAACAAAGAGAGAGCAAUUUUGAUGCUGAAAGGCUUGCAUCUGCAAGAAAACGGCUUCAAGAGAACUAUAAAGAGGCUGAAAAUGCGAAAAAGCAAAGAACUAUUCAGGUGAUGGACAUACACGAGUUACCUAAGUCAAAAGCAAAGAAUGGUUUCUUUGCAAAGAACAGAGGUGGUGGCAGUUCUCACGGAAGGCAGCACUGGUGA